AUGACUGAAUCCCAAAACAUGUCCUACAGAAACUUAUCCAGUUUAGACGUCUCGGAUAGGACAGGUCUCCCCGACUACGAGUUACACAAUGUCCCUGUGGCACCGCCGUAUACAGCCACUGCAUCGGCCCCUGCAGCUGCAGGAGCAGCAGAAACAGCACAGAAAGCAACUGUUGCAAAAGGCGCCGGAGGACCGUGGUAUGACCCGCGCUCAUGGUCAGUGUUAACGAAAUCGCUCGUCGCCGGAGGUGUGGUGGUUAUUAUUGUUGCGCUCGUCGUGGGCAUCUACGAGGGCACGAAAUCAUCCUCAUACCCCGACUACUCUGCCCUGAGCUAUAAGCUCGCAGACACAUACUCGGGCUCUUCAUUCUUCGACGAGUUCGAAUACUACACAGCCACCGAUACAACAGACGGAUUCGUGGACUACGUCGACAGCACCACCGCCUCAUCAAUGAACCUAACCUACGCCUCCAGCUCCCGCGCCGUCCUGCGCGUCGACACCAGCACCUCGAACCAAACCAGCGGCCGAAAAUCCGUGCGCAUCACCUCCAAAAAGACCUACAACGACGGACUCUUCAUCUUCGACAUCACCCACACGCCCUACGGAUGCGCCACCUGGCCCGCCCUCUGGCUCACCGACCCAUCCAACUGGCCCGAACACGGCGAGAUCGACGUGCUGGAAUCCAACAACAAAGCCACCCAUGGCAACGCCAUGACCCUGCACACCUCAAGCGGAUGCAAAAUGGACGUCAAGCGGAAAGAAACCGGCACAGCCAAAUACACCAACUGCCUCAACACCGCCAACGAUAACGCCGGCUGCAGCGUAACAGGCGCAAAGGCAACCUACGGCGAGAAAUUCAACACUAACGGUGGUGGCAUCUACGCCAUGGAACUCCGCUCCGCCGGGAUCCGCGUCUGGAUGUUCAGCCGCGACUCCAUCCCCGACGAUAUCUCGAACAGCAGCAACACGCCCGACCCGUCGAGUUGGGGUGAAGCACUCGCCGACUUCCCCAAUACGAACUGCGACAUCAGCUCGCAUUUCAAGAACCAGAGUAUUAUCGUCAAUAUCGAUAUCUGUGGUGAUUUGGCGGGGGCGAGCACUUACUACACGGAUCUGUAUGAUUGUCCGUCGACGUGCACGAAGUGGGCGGCGGAGAAUGGGGCCAACUUUACCAAUGCGUAUUGGGAGUUUAAGAGCUUUAAGGUGUAUCAGACGAGUUCGAGUGGGAAUAGUUCGAGUAGUAGUACUAGUACGGUGGCGGGGGCGUCGUCGACGGCGGGGUGGUAUGGGAUGACUGCGUCUACGACAACGACGACAGCGGCUGGGGCGGGGAGUACGACGGGGCAGGACGGAGGGGAGGGAAGUCAGAGUGGUGGGCAGGAUGGGCAGACGGGGAGUCAGGGGGGUGGAGGGCAGGAGGGGGGCAGUAGUAGUAGUGGAAGUCAGAAGGAGCAGGGGGGCCAGGGAGGGUAUUAA